UAACAUCACUUUCGUUGUUGAUGUCAGUUUAUACCGCCAGGCAGUUGGUUUCGCUCGUUCCGGCGAACGAGUUUCCUGGAGAAUGUAGAAGCCUUACAUAAUUCUUCUUAUAGCUAUACAGUUUUAACUAUUCGUAUGCUCUGCCAUACAAAAAUGGAGUACGAGUUUGAGAACACAGAUUCGGAGGGCCGGUGGCAGAAUCUAUACUUUGAAAUUCGUAACCAGUCCCACGAGUGUUCCUACAAAGUGGCAAAGUAUCCUGAGAAUAGGAAUCGGAACAGGUACCGGGAUGUCAGCCCAUUUGAUCAUAGUAGAGUUAAAUUGGGAAAUACAGAAAAUGACUAUAUUAAUGCAAGCCUCGUUGUGAUGGAAGAAGCUGAGAGAAGUUACAUAUUAACUCAGGGUCCGCUCAGAAAUACCUGUGGACACUUCUGGCUGAUGAUCUGGCAGCAGCAGACCAAAGCUGUGAUAAUGUUGAACAGAAUAAUAGAGAAAGGAUCUGAAAAGUGUGCACAGUACUGGCCAACACAGGAGGAGCAUGAAAUGACUUUUAAGGACACGCAUUUUCUUGUGACACUGAUUUCAGAAGAAGUGAAAUCAUACUACACAAUACGAGUGCUGAAGCUGCAAAACAUGAAUACUGAGGAGAGCCGGGAGAUCUAUCACUUUCAUUAUACCACGUGGCCUGACUUUGGUGUCCCAGAAUCCCCUGCGUCUUUCCUCAACUUCCUGUUCAAGGUACGAGAGUCUGGCUCCCUGGGGGUUGAGCAUGGGCCCACAGUUGUGCACUGCAGCGCUGGGAUUGGUCGCUCUGGGACAUUUUCACUGGUGGACACCUGCCUUGUCUUGAUAGAAAAGAGGAAGGACCCUUCAUCUGUGGAUAUUAAGAAAAUUCUACUAGACAUGAGAAAGUACCGCAUGGGACUCAUCCAGACCCCUGAUCAGCUCCGAUUCUCCUACAUGGCUGUCAUUGAGGGUGCAAAGUACAUCAUGGGAGACCUGUCUGUGCAGACACAGUGGCGGGAGCUUUCCAAAGAGGACCAGGAUCCCAUGUCUGAUUCGCCACCUCCUGCACAGCCUUCCAAGCGACCCACAGACAGGUUUAACGGCAGCCGAGUAUCACACCUGGAGGAUGGCACUGAGUCCGAGGCUGAGAGAAGAGCUGACGCAGAUGGAUCUUUGAAACAACAGGAAAUGGAUGGGAACGUGGCCAAUGCACGCAAGCGACACAGAGAUGAAAAGGGUGCCAACUCUACACAGAAGGUCCAGCCCAUAAAGACAAGGCCAAGUGAUACAGAGAAGAAAAGGAAAAGAGCAAGAACAACUGACACCUAAUGGAGUGGCCAGGCAAGUCACCGUGGUGCCCAUCUGAGCAGCAGCGCAGCUCUGGCAGGGAUCUCCAGCUCGUCCUUGGCAGCCCCCCCCUUCACCCACCUGCAUCCCACCUCCCUCCGCUAACUGUUUACAACGUAAACUUCAACAUUCUUUGGACAAAGAACAUUUUUAGAACCACCAGCAUGGGACUACAGCUCAUGAAAUGGUUAUGAUACUGAAAUUGUCAUAUAUUUUAUUAUUUUCUUGUUUUUGGUUGCAUUUGUGAAAAAGGCGGAUCAGUAGGGCUAAAUACAUCGCCCAUUUUUAACAUUAUCCAUAUGUGUAUUUUUGAGCAUUUUUUGAAAGGGAAAUGUUGUGCUCUAUUUUUAUAAGAAGUUACUUGAACUUUCCUACUGUUUGAUCAUAAGCAGCAGUUAUAAAAUGUUGUUUGAUAAGAGCUUUAAUGUAGGAACCAGUUCCACCAUGUACAUAGUGUACUUUUUAAGAUAUGUUCAAGAAAAGAAUAUUUUUUUGACUGUUCAGAGAUGAGCCCCUUUUGUUCCUAGUUUGAAGGUGUGUUCAUGAUGAGUGCAUGUUCUUUUUGGAUAAAACAAAACAUUACCUAGAAGAAUAAUCAAAAAAUAAAGCUGGUAAUAUCUAGUUUGUUACCAAAAGUGUUUCAUUGAUUUUUUUCCUGCUGACAGAUUAUGGGUUACAAAUAAAUAACCGCUGUUGUCUGAUUUUGUCGGAGACCAAGUUGGGAAGAAGGGAAGUCUCAGACUUGCCAGCCACCCAAACCACACCCAGUGAGUAAAAUGAGUAAAUUGUCACACGUAGAGGCGUUGUCUUGGAAUUUGUUACCCUGUUAUUGUUAUGGAGAUUACUUGUUUAGGUUCCCUGGGAAACUACACUUUGGUGAGGGUCAGUUGUUAUUGCUGCACC